AUGAAAUAGCAAAAGUUACCUAUAUAGGACAAAAAUCAAACCAAUAAAAUACAGCAAUUAAACGAGAAAUCUGUAAAGGACUUAGGUUUAAACAAGUUGCUCUAAUCUAUAAGUCAAUCUUAUGAGUAAAAUAGAUUGUCACUCAAAUUUAAGGAUUCUCAGACUGAGCAAGAUUACGUAUUGGCAUACCAUCAAAAUGUGCAAGUAUUUCUGAUGAUACUAACUUUGCAGGUUAUUAUAUUUUUCACAAUAUACUUUGGGUUUUCUACAUACAAGUUUAAAAGAGUUGAUGGUGCUUAGAAUAGAUAUUAUUAGAUUGUUGGAGGUUAUAUCAUUUUGAUUUUUGAGAACAUUGCAAUGUGUCUUUUAUCAAGGAAAUAUGUCUCCUUUAGUUUAUAUUUCACUCAUAUGCAGUCUAUUAUUGUCUAUAUAUGCAUGAUAGAGGGUGUUAUCUUAGCUAAUAACAACUUGGUUAUGGUAGAUGGAAUGAUAGCCACUUUUGCAGUGUUGUCUUCUCUAGCAUUUAUGAGUUACAAUCAAGUACAUUUAUGUAUUGCUUAUAUUUUUAUGUUCGGAUAUACACUUUCACGGACCUAUUUCUGGAUUGAUGAUGGCUUUAGAUUUUAUAGAUUUAAUGCAUACUUUUUCGUAAGCUUAGUAAUGGUGUACAUCUAUUCUAGAGUAAAUCACUAAAGAGAUCGGUAGAGGUUCUAAUAAGAAAAGAAUGAGAAAUAACUACUGAAAUUAUUUCACGAUUUGAUAAAAAUUUAUCAUGAUGGAAUUAUUAUUACAAGAGGAGAUGAGGUAGUUUAUAAAAACAAAGCAAUAAUAUCUGUCUUUGACCUUAAUAAAAAGUUAAAUAAAAAAGAAUAAGAUUAAGACGAUUUUGCAAAUGAUUCAAAUUUAAUAGAUGAAGUAAAAUAUCCUCAGAAUGAAUCAGAGGCUGCAUUAGACCUUACUGGAUCUGACUUGAUAGCUUUACUUUAGAAAACAGAACCUAAAUUUAAUAAUAUUUGA